CUCGAGGCCCUGCCCCCGCGGUUCUGGCUCCCGCGGCUCGAGUCACCGCCGCGAACAAGGGACCCUAAAGAAUGGCCGAGCCUUGGGGGAACGAGUUGGCGUCCGCAGCUGCCAGGGGGGACCUAGAGCAACUUACUAGUUUGUUGCAAAAUAAUGUAAACGUCAAUGCACAAAAUGGAUUUGGAAGGACUGCGCUGCAGGUUAUGAAACUUGGAAAUCCGGAGAUUGCCAGGAGACUACUACUUAGAGGUGCUAAUCCCGACUUGAAAGACCGAACUGGUUUUGCUGUCAUUCACGAUGCAGCCAGAGCAGGUUUCCUGGACACUCUACAGACUCUGCUGGAGUUUCAAGCUGAUGUUAACAUCGAGGAUAAUGAAGGGAACCUGCCCUUGCACUUGGCUGCCAAAGAAGGCCACCUCCCGGUGGUGGAGUUCCUGGUGAAGCACACGGCCAGCAAUGUGGGGCAUCGGAACCAUAAAGGGGACACCGCCUGCGAUUUGGCCAGGCUCUAUGGGAGGAAUGAGGUUGUUAGCCUAAUGCAGGCAAACGGGGCGGGGGGAGCUGCUAAUCUGCAGUGAAUGGGGGAGGGCUUUCCCACAUUGCCUCUACUUUGUCAGUUAAUUGGGUGGUUGUCCCGACAAUUUUAAUAUCGUUUGUUAAAAUACAGUUUUGUCAUAUUUUAAGCAGCUAGUUAAAUCUUCUGAAACUGCAUAAAUGGAAAUCUUACAAGUUUAUGAAUAUAUUUAAGCAACAUCUUUUCACCGCAAAAUACUGAGUUCUAACUUGUAAUUGCAAAUAGCUUUGGCUUUCUUCAGAAUGUUUUGUCUUUCCUUGACUUUUUCAUUGCUUUCCCCUUUGCCAAUCUGAAUACUCAACCUGGAAACUUUGUUUUUAAAAUGGUUGUCCUGAUGCUUCUUUUGCCUAAUUAAAAUACUUUUUCAAAACAGGA